AGCCGCUAGUCGCUCCACAGCGGCCGAAGGGGCGGGCUCGAAGGUUGAGGGAACCUAAGCUGCUCUCGGCUCGCUCGGCGGUGCAAGAUGGCCGACAUCUCUCUGGAUGAGCUCAUCCGAAAGCGAGGAGCUGCAGCGAAGGGGCGGCUCAAUGCCAGACCAGGAGUGGGAGGUGUCCGAUCUCGUGUUGGGAUCCAACAGAGCCUUCUUAGCCAGCCAGCACGCACAGCCACCUUCCAGCAGAGGUUUGAUGCCCGGCAGAAAAUUGGUCUCUCAGAUGCCCGCCUCAAGCUGGGAGUCAAGGAUGCCAGGGAAAAGCUUUUGCAGAAAGAUGCUCGGUUCCGGAUCAAAGGGAAAGUGCAGGAUGCCAGAGAGAUGCUGAACUCGCGCAAGCAACAGAGCACAGUGCCCCAGAAGCCCCACCAGGUCGCUGAUGCCCGGGAGAAAAUCAGCUUGAAGCGGAAUUCCCCUGCUGCCUUCAUGAGCCCACCCAUUGGAGCAGUGACCCCUGCUCUGAAACUCACUAAAACCAUCCAGGUUCCACAGCAGAAGGCCAUGGCACCAAUUCAUGCUCAUCCUGCUGGAAUGAGGAUCAAUGUCGUCAAUAACCACCAGGCCAAACAGAAUUUAUAUGAUCUGGAUGAUGACGACGAUGUUAUAGCUCCCAUUCCUACUAAACAGAUGAAAUUUGCAGCCUCAAGCAGCUUUCUCCACCACAUGGCCGGGGUGAGCAGUUCCAAGCUCUCCAUGUCCAAGGCCCUUCCUCUCACCAAAGUGGUUCAGAAUGAUGCGUACACUGCUCCUGCUCUCUCCUCCUCUGUUCGGACAAAAGCCUUGACCAACAUGUCCCGGACAUUAGUGAACAAGGAGGAGCCCCCCAAAGAGCUGCCGCCUGCAGAGCCUGUCCUCAGUCCUUUGGAAGGCACCAAGAUGACCGUGAAUAAUCUGCACCCUCGAGUCACCGAGGAGGACAUUGUUGAGCUUUUUUGUGUUUGUGGAGCCCUGAAGCGAGCUCGGCUGGUCCAUCCUGGGGUAGCAGAGGUGGUGUUUGUGAAGAAGGACGAUGCCAUCACCGCAUAUAAGAAGUAUAAUAACCGGUGUCUGGAUGGGCAACCAAUGAAGUGCAACCUCCACAUGAAUGGGAACGUUAUCACCUCAGACCAGCCCAUCCUGCUACGGCUGAGUGAUAGCCCCUCAGUGAAAAAGGAGAGUGAGCUGCCUCGCAGAGUGAAUUCUGCUGCCUCAUCCAACCCUCCAGCCGAAGUGGAUCCUGACACCAUCCUGAAGGCGCUUUUCAAGUCAUCAGGGGCCUCUGUGACUACACAGCCCACAGAAUUCAAAAUCAAACUUUGAGCGGGGGAGCGAGACAGCCAGACACGGGGGCAGAGGAGGGUGGCUCUGUUUCCCUAAACAAAGGUUGUGACCAAUGGGCCAUUGGCUGGGGGCCCCCGAGUGCAGGAAGGGUCACUGGGGGUAGAAAGCCUCCUCGCUGGACGGUACCCGCCUUUCUGUGUUGUGUUCUGCCUUGUGCUCUUCUGUAUGUUAACAUUUCCUGUAGUACGUUUCUUCUCUCUCCACCUCAUCACCAAGGUAGACUUGUGUUGUUCAGAAAGUUUCCCCCUAAACUCAGCCCCAGAUAGAUUUUUUAAAAUCUGGAAAUGGUGCCCUAAAUUCUCUGGCUGGCCUUCUUGUGGCCCUAUAGAAUGCAGGGCAGGGGCUGUUUGAAGGAUACUGCUUUCUUCAGGGUGAGAGUUUGACUCCCCUUUCUCUUUUUAAAACUUUUCAAACAAAGUAGGGGAUGGAAGCCCCUGCCAUCCUAAUAGGAACCACAUUGGCUCAAAAGCUCUGCCACUCACUCUACUGGUCAGUGGAGAUGGCCUAGGUGGGGAUCAGGUCACGGGCUCCUUGUCCUCUCCCCGCAGUUGGCUUCAGACCAAUGCUUUCUGGAGAGAGCCCUGUGGCAAGGGCAGGGUGAGGCUACUGCUCUGCUAGGAAGACUAUACCCUAGCUCUUGGUUUGGGGCACCCUACUGUCUCACUUGACCCAGAGUAAAUUCUCGAGCUCACAUUUCCCCUUCCCCUGAGUUGUGCCGAGUGGCCCAGCCCAGCUCUCUUGACCUUCUGAGUGUCACUGCUGGGCGGGGCUGCCUUGUUAGUCCCCCAUUUCUCACCCAGCCUAGCACUUGUCACACUUGGUUUUGGUGCAAAUGCCAGCUCUCUGCUAGUUGGGUUUUCAAAGGGUCUGCCUCCUGUUCUGUGACACUGAGGACCUUGGGGGUUAUUUGAAUAGGAGAUGGCUUGCUCCAACAUGUUUUUUUCCUGGCCUCGGGUUCAUGCGAUAGUCAGGGAUGCUGAGAGGUGGCAAAUGCCCAGCAGCCACCAGGGGGCACUGUCUCCACUACUGUGAGCAACCCAUCCAUCCUGACCAGAGGGGCAUUUUCCUGCCUUGACAGGUGGGAGGGGAGCAGGGGGCAUUGGGGAGGAGUUGAGAGAGCAGAGCAGCCUUUCAGGCAAGUGGACAGGUUGUUCCCUCAGCGUGGUUCCAGGCAUUGGGGGCACAACUCUAGAACCAAAGGGGCAUCCCUGAAUACACCAGGACAGCAUUACUCCAGGGGCGUUCAUCCUCAGUUUCUUGCUGGUUUGGUGGGACUGUAGAGGGAAUCCAGCUUAACAGAGCUGGCAAGUCUUGGGGAGCAAGAUUCUGUAAGUAAAUAAUGUGAAAGGCACAAGCCUAGAAAGUGUAAGGGGGGCCUGAGACAGAGUCUCUCGUGGCCUACUUGGGGCCAGUCCCGUGAAGAAAACCUGGAAACUCACAUUUCCACAGAGUUAGAUCAAGUAGCAACGACCUAGGGUUUGAACUCAGCUCAGUCCUCCAGCUCUGAGGUUGCCCAGGCCUGGGAAGUCCAGGGAACGUGCCUGAUGGUGGUCCACUUUCCAGUACUUUGAAGAAGGCUGCUUUUGUUCCCUUCUCCCUCUUUGAAUGGGUGCAAACUAAGUUCUCUUCAUCAGCUAGAAGACAUUCCUCCUACACUUUCCCUUUCUUGACCCCAGAGAGUGUCCAUAAGACACUAGGAGCUGGCUUCUCGGGUCUGGAGACAGUCAGAUCACUGUUUGGACUCUGCGUUCAGUAGGGAAGUUAACUACGUUGCCUGUAUGCCUUUAUCCUCCCACUGGCCCUCUAGACCUUGUCCUGUGGGUAGCCAUGGGGUCCAUUGCCGGCCAGUGUUGCCCCCUGUUCCGCAGGUGUCAUCAUGGGAAACAGAAGAGACGGUGGUGGGCCAGUCCUUGGGUCCCUCGCCACCUCCCACUCCCCUGCAUUCCCCGUCUGUCUCUUUUCUUUUUUUCCAAAAGGAGAGGAAGAGGCAUUAAGGGAUGGAGGAGAUUAUGUGUUACUUACCCAUUUCUGAAUAAACAUUUGUUAUUCCUA